GCUGUGAAGCAAAGAAAGAGGAACAGUGUGGAAACAACACUUGCAACACUUCUAACAUUUCUUAUCUACAGAGAAGAUAGAGGAUCGCAUACCUGUACCUUCAGAUCAUGGGCAUCUCAUGGGCUAGCUGUGUGAAAAAUGCUGAAAACAUGGAAGGAAGACCUCCCAAUUAUAAUUCUUGGCAACCUGGUUCAUCUUAUACAGCAACCAUCCAAAAUAAAGCUGGAGAUUAUCUAACCAGCUAUAUCGAUGAUGAUGAUGAUGAUGCUGAUGUAAUGUUUGUACCAUUUGCUGCAAAAGAUCCCGGUGUUUGUGAUUAUACAAUAACAGAGUACAACAACACUAAUGAUUCACCUUUGUCCGUGGCCAUCACUUUCCGUGUAAAAGAAAAAACCUAUAGACUGUGUUCUAACAUGAAAAGAGAUAAAAAAAAAAUCAGACAACUUUGCGUAAAGAAAAGAGAUCUUCCUCCUGACAAAAUUCAUGGUACACACUGUUCCUUUCUAUUUUACAUGAAGAAUUUAAGUGAAGAUUUAUAUGAACUGCAGUGUGCUGACGGUCUUGAACAAUACUUAUCCUACAGAAAACAGAAGCAUGCUAUCUUGAAAACUGUAGCUGUUAUCCAUUUGGAUGAAACCUGUCAUAUGACUAUUUCACGCAACUAAAGCAACUGAAAUUCUAAGCUGGAAAGGAAUAUCAUACUAUCCCCCAUUUGUAAUAUAAUGCACAAAGUUGCUCAUGUGCAGUUACCCAUAGCAACCAAUAAGAUGUUUGCUUUAAAACAGAAGACCAAUAAAACGCUAUCUGCUGUUUGGUUGCUAUGCGUUACUGCACCUGGGCAAACUUAGCCCCAUAUAAGUUAAGUAAAGGGUGAACUAUUCCUUUAAGACGGUGAGCCAAAAAUGGGAUACCGUCCCAUAAAUAACAUUUCCAUAGAUUAAAGUUGUGAUAUUAAAAAUGUAACAAUUAAUAAGUGUUGGAUUUUAAACAACAUUAUCUAACAUGUACAAUGUAAAACAAUUGUGUUAUUGCAGCAAUAUACCUGUGGUGUCUCAGUGGGUGUCACUGCUGCCUUGCAGUGCCAGGAUAAUAGGUUUAAUUCCAGCCAAGGCAAAAUAAGCAAGGUGUACUACCUGUUCUCCCUCUGCUUGCAUGGUUUUUCUCCAGCUUCCUCCCAUAUUACAUUGUAUGGUCGACUGGGGCAGACAAUGAUGUCAAUGUAAAGUGCUGUGAAAGUCUUGGUGCUUUAUAAGUAAAGGAUGAUGAUAAUAAAACUCAAAAAUUAGAGUAUUCAGAAAAUGCAGUAGAUAAUUCAUAGCCCCCAUAGUAUACAGUUGUCUGUAAUUGUUUACUUUGUCUUCAAUUAUUUCAGUAAAUCACGCUAAUCUAACCAAUUCUAUUCAUUAAAGGGGGAACAUACCCAUUCUUUGUAUAGUGAAAGAAAUGGUCAUUUACACUGUGCUGUGUCUCCUCCUGUGUACAGUCAAUCUUGCAUUGUAUUAUACAUAAAUAAAUGCUUUUUGCAACA